CAUUGAUCAUCUUUACAAUGCAAUGGAUCGCACAUAAACACUGCCGUUUAAUAUUGGUCUGUGAUACACACACACAGACCACCACCGCCGCCAAGAACUUUUACCUCACGCAAGUCGGUAUUGUAUUCCGCCCGAAGGCGUCGAAGCCUAUCUACAGGAGCUUCUCGGUAGAGAAAGUCGGAAUCACCAAAGUGGUGCAAAAUAAAUUUGUCAUGCCUGACCACAGACUCAAACUUCGUCCGGUUCUCGGUCUCAAGAGAAAAGGUUCAGUACGUUCUCUCAAGCAUUCUUAACCCUCCGAUGGUGGACCGAGAGGACGAAAGUGGAGCAGGUGAGAGCAGCUUUACUUAGGCAGAUUAGUACUUUAAGAAUGUUGAUCUCUAUCUUAAGCCCUAGACCUAGUGCGACAUUACUAUAGGAUCAUGAUCUCGGAGUGAAGUUGUAGUUGACACAUCAAAACACGAUCUGAGGAUUGAUGUUGCAGGGAUGUGGUGGUCCACUAUCAACGACCUAUUUCUUAAAAACGAGUUUCAUGAACAAUAAAGAGAGCGUGUAUCAACAUCUUAGAAAGGAGCGAACAUUACUGGCGCAGCAAGAAAUACAUACAAAAUCAAGAACAAAUCAACAAUAAAAACUUGUAGUGACGCCGUAGCUGGCCCAACAAAAGCGCAACACUAUUUUAGUUUUACCAGAAUGACGGUCCUCUCCCGUCUUUCGCGGCGGGCGGGCCCCGGCCUCAGUUCGUCCGUGUCCUCCGCUAGCCGCGGAGGUGUGCUUCACCAUUCCCGAAGAUCAACACCGUCCUCAGCGUCGCACUGGAGGAUCGUGUUGCUCAGCAAUGGGGGAAGAACUACCACGAGGUCAUUCUCCUCCCUGGAAACCUCACCCAUCGUCUCCACGCUGCAGACCAAGAUUCUCGCCUUGGCCGAGCAGAAAAAGGACGCAAUUGCCAUGAUCAAGAAGCUAUCCGCCGCAAACAUGUUGUGCGAAGGACGCUGAUCUUCAUUUUUGUUGCGAAAGAUAAAGAAUUUUUGAAAAUAGAGUCGCGCGGAGGUCUUCUGCAGGGCAUAAAGUAUGACGCAUUUAUUUGCAGUAGGGCAGCGGUUUAGUGCAAGCGAUCUAGUCUGUCGCAUGAAAACAAAAUCAUAGCUGCUCCUCACGCAUUUGAGAUCGCCUGCUGGGCCUCUUCAUACUCAGUGAAAAUGUCACAUGAGAAAAAUUGAAUCCAGAGGUCCCAUCAAACAUAUUUGCAAUCCCGAUACCAGAGCGACGCAAAGGUUGGAGAGAUCACCGCGGCACAGGUGUUUGGCGGCAUGCGCGGCAUGCCGGGGAUGGUCACGGAAACGAGUGACUUGCACCCGGAAAAGGGCAUCACCUACCGUGGAUACUCGCUGAAGGAUGCAAACAUAAAGUACGUUUCUACUUUUGAUUUGUACUUAUUUGCAUCGACCUGGGAUGAUCGCGUUGCAGCUGUGUCAUGGUAUAUGUAGACACAUCAAACCACGUAGUUCGUUGAUCCUGCGACAACAGUUGGUGAGAAAAGACGCCAAAAACUUUUCAAAAAAAAGCUUCUCCUCCUUCCCAACCGACUGACAUAUAAUUUCAUUCACCUAGAUUGCCGAAAGCCCCCGGCGGCGGCAAGCAGGGUUUACCGGAAGCCGCCUGGUGGCUGCUCCUCACCGGAGAGAUACCAACAGACGCCGAAGUGAAGGAACUCGGGGCGGAGCUCACGAAGCGUGCACCCAUUCCAGCACACGUUUUGAAGACACUCGCGGCGGUAUAAUUUUUUGAUGUGCUUGAAUAUUGCGACUUGAUUUGUAUGAAAGAACGGAAAAGUGAAUUUUUGAUUGAAGUCAACGAUGAAUGCACGACUGAUAUACAAUAAUGUUUGAAACUUCAUGACUCUUGCACAGGUUCCGACCACGGUGCACCCGAUGACACAGCUUUCCAUUUGUCUCCUGGCCCUGCAGUAUCGCACUGAGAUCUUUUUGAGGGGGGGAACGGAAGACCUAAAUAAUAAAAAUGUCACCACAGAAGUCGUGCCAUGAAUUGAACUUGAUAAUUGAAUCUGAUGACUGGAAGUCAGGACCAGGAGGUCAAGAACGACUGCGUGAAAGUACUAUCGAGAGCCCUUGCAACGUCGGCCGGCUUGUACUCCAUGUCGCGACGAUCACGUUGCGCAGUCUGAGAGGCAGGUGUCAUAGUUCACCUAACUCUGGCAAACCCGUCAACAAGAUCUCACCGCCAUACCACGAGCGGCUCCAAAUUUCACGCCGCUUACUCGGCCGGCGCGCUGAAAAAAACGGACUACUGGCAGUACGUCCUGGAUGAUUCCCUCACCCUGAUUGCGCAGAUCCCCACCGUCGCCGCGCACAUCUACCGCCGGGUGUUCCACGACGGCAAGGUCCCCGCCUGGGACCCCAACGUCGACUGGGCGGGCAACUACGCGAACAUGCUCAACUGUGCCAAGCCGGGGAACGAGGAACCGUUUAGAGAAGUAUAAUGAGACUCAAUUUUCUUUUUCACUGUUCUGACACUCAUCCUUAGUUUUGAUCCUGCUACUAGUUGUUGAUAUCUGGCAUGUAGCACUGUGAAAAUAAGAACCGACACACUGAUGAAAAAAAUCAUUAUCCAAAAUCGUCCACCUAGAUCACCCGUCUCUACCUGAUGCUCCACGCAGACCACGAGGGGGGAAAUGUCAGUUCGCACAUCACGCACACCUGCGGUUCCGCGUUGUCCGACCCCUUUAUGUGCUGGGCCGCCGGAAACUGUGGCCUCGCCGGGCCCUUGCACGGGCUCGCGAACCAGGAAUGUCUCCGAUGGCUGAAUGAGACCAUGAAGUUGCUGGACGGUAUAAACAACUAUGUAUAACAUGUCAAGUUUACACUAUAUUAUCCACCUAGUUGAUGUCGCCCCCACAGACAUGCACACACAUGUUUGCUAGCUUCGCAUGGCAGAAAAAAAACACAUCUUCUCUAUCAGGCAAGGAACCCACGGUAGAGAACGUGACGCAGAUUGCGAAGGACACACUGGCUUCGGGCAAGGUCGUCCCGGGCUUCGGGCACGCCGUGCUCCGCGCCCCGGACCCGCGGUAUAUGCUGGAAUACGAGUUCUGCAAGGAAAACCUCCCGAACGACCCCACGUUCAAACUGGCGGACAUGUGCUACCAGGCCAUCCCCCCGGUGCUGGAAGCGACGGGGAAGGUGAAAAACCCGUGGCCCAAUUAUCACAAUGAAAAACGCCCCCACCUCCGAACUUGGGAGCAUUUGUAUUGCAAACCUUUCCAACAGAAACAUUCGCCCUCUUGCAUCUAGCAGCAUCACAGAUUUCCGAUUGUGAAUAGCGAAAAUUUGUAUUGCAACAGAUCCCAGCAAGAGCGGCGCUUGUCAUGCAAGCAAUGCUAUAUACGCCUAGACUCUGCAUCACAACGAUUCAUAUUCCUUUCAUGCAUGACAAAAAGUUUUCAUUUGGACACUUCGCAGCACAAAUUAUUUCCGCCUGACUCCACGACCUGGUGGCCGAACCAUGUGCGGUGAGGUGCGCUUACAGGUUGUGUAGUGGUUUCGGUCGGUUUAGCAUCACAAAUUAUUCCAACUUUGGGGGCGGGGGCAUUUUUCACGGUAAUACCCAUGUGGAUGCUUUGUCCGGCACAGUGAUGCAGUACUACGGAUUGACCGAGGCCGACUACUACACGGUCGUCUUUAGUGUCUCCCGUGUGCUCGGCGUCACAGCGCAACAAGUCUGGUCGCGGGUGAUGGGCGUGCCUAUUGAACGACCGAACUCCGUCACUUUGGACUGGAUCAAGGAGAAGCUGUAGGAGGCUCCUGCGUUCGACCACGACGAAAACUUCGCAACACGUAUAGAUAUCCAUCGUAUUUACAACGCAGCAUGAAAGUGCGCGUACGAUAAUUUUUCCCUAGGACCUGCCGAAUUGAUCGAGGACACUAGCCGACGGCGAACAUAGCCAAUUUUAAGCUCGUCCAAGCAACCUUUCAUGCUAGUCCUAUGUAUCUGUUAUUUCCGUAGAUUUUUUUCAAUUAGUCGAACCAAUUCUUCCCCGUGAUAUACAACAACAUGUCCUCCUGCAACUUGAAUCGAAGUAGAAGGAGAAUCUGCAAAGAUCUCGAACUUCGAGAUCUCGGCUUGAAUUAACGGAAAAACAUCAAAGCCCCAAGCGAAAAAAAUCAUCUGAUGUGCAUCAAUCACACACAAAGCGGGCCGAAGCAGUAGAUGCGUAUAAAUAUAAUUUCCUCUUCAGCAACUGCAGCUGUGCUGGUCGAUAUAAUUUGUGACUCGCGGUCUAGUUGGACCGGAUUAGUCACCUGGCACCAGGGGCAGCAACACGCAGAGCAUCUGAUGUCUGCUCCUGGUCCUGGUGCUUCUAAAAAUCGCAAUUUUCUAGAAGCGAAACGAGUCUGCAACUGAGGCGCUGCAGAGCCAAGGUAAGUCGCAAUAUAAAAACCAAAUUAUAAUAGAACAGUGAUCACCAUCACGAUCACACUUCUAAAUCUAGUAUCGUGGUGUGCCUCUGAGGACACGAGCGCACGCGCAAGGGCAAUGCGGUGCAGCGAUGAACCUGGCUAUUUCAGCUUGCUGCGAAAUGUAU